AUGGACAAGACCGACACGGACGCUCAGGACUCGAACGACUUGAUCAGAACACAGUACUUGGUGGAGGGCAUGACGUGUGCCUCGUGCGUGGCUGCCGUCGAGCGGGCCGUCUCCAACCUUCCGGGUGUGAUGGACAUUGCCGUCAAUCUGCUCGCCAGCGAAGCCGCGGUCCGUGCAAAGGCGUCUGUGACGGCCGAGCAGGUGGUGGAGGCCAUCAGCGCUCUAGGAUUGAUGGUGGAGGGGAUGACGUGCUCGUCGUGUGUGGCAGGUGUGGAAGCUGCGCUCAAGGAUCUGCCUGGCGUCACCGGCGCGUCCGUCAACCUCAUGUCCGGCCAGGCGCGGGUGGAGUACGAGGUGGACAAGGUAAGGCCGAGGGCCCUAGUUGAGGCUGUGGAGCAACUUGGUUACGACGUAUCGCUAGCAUCGGACGAUGUGCAUGAUCGAUCGCUGGCGGCCAUGCGCGAGCGCGAGCUGGCCAAGUGGCGCAAGCUGUUCUGGUUGGCGUUUGCCUUCUCGCUGCCCAUCUUCCUCAUCUCGAUGGUCUUUAUGUUCAUCCCACCCACGCAUCGGAUGCUGAUGCGCAAGAUUGUGCGAGGUCUGACGUGGGAGGGACUCUUGCUCACUGUCCUCACCACGCCGGUCCAGUUUGGCGUCGGCCGCCAGUUCUACGUGGGCGCGUACCACGCGCUGCGCAACAAGUCGGCCAACAUGGACGUGCUGGUGGCGAUGGGCACAACCACGGCGUACUUGUACUCGCUCUUUGUGGUGAUCGAAGCGAGCGUGACCAACACAAAGCAGGGAGGCCUGUUCUACGAGACCGCCGCCCUCCUCAUCACCUUUAUCAUCGGCGGCAAGUAUCUCGAGACGGUGGCCAAAGGCCGGACCUCGGCCGCCAUCGAGUCGCUGCUCUCGCUGCAGCCGGACACGGCACUCCUUGUCCGCGAUGAUGGCGAGAUCGUCGAGGUUAACGUGGCACUUGUCGAAGUUGGCGAUAUGCUGAGUGUCCGCCCCGGCUCGAACGUCCCGCUCGAUGGCGAGUUAAUUGCCGGCGAAACGGCAGUUGACGAGUCGAUGGUGACCGGCGAAGCGCUGCCUGUCUCCAAGGCCAUCGGCGAUCCACUCAUUGGCGGGACCAUCAACCAGACCGGGAGCAUCAAAAUGCGGGUGACGCGCGUGGGCGCCGACACGACACUUGCGCGCAUUGUGCAGCUUGUCCACGACGCGCAGACGUCCAAGCCGGCCAUCCAGGCCUUUGCCGACAAGGUCUCCUCGUACUUUGUGCCCGUGGUCAUCGCCAUUGCCAUCGCUACCUUCAUCGUCUGGCUCAUCCUGCUCUACUCGGGCGUGAUCCCAGACUCGUGGGUUCCGGCCAAUCGCUCCAACUUUCUCUUUGCGCUCCUCUUCGGCAUCGCGGUCCUCGUCAUCGCCUGCCCCUGCGCGCUCGGCCUUGCCACGCCCACCGCUAUCAUGGUCGGCACUGGUGUUGGGGCUGCUCACGGCGUGCUCAUCAAGGGCGGGACCGCCCUGGAGGCCGCGCACACCAUCGACGCCGUCCUUUUUGACAAGACUGGGACACUUACCCACGGCACGCCCAUCGUCACAGACGCGUCCAUCCUCCCCCUCACCGCCUGGCAAUUCGACGGAGCCGCCAACGCGCUCGGCGAUGCGCUGUUCUGGUCCAUUGUCCACGCCACAGAGUCCAUGUCCGAGCAUCCGCUGGCGCGCGCGAUGGUGACUCGGGCCGAGGCCGAAGAGCGGGGCGGGCUCAGCCUUGAGACGUCGGUUUUCAACGCCGUCUCCGGCCGCGGUCUCGAGGCGACGUUGGCCGCAUCGGGCGCCGAUGGCGGGCAGGAGCUGCGGGUUGUUAUCGGCAACAGGCAGUGGAUGGGCGAGAACUCGGUGAUGCUUCCAGACGCGCUGGAGCGGUUUGCGGUGGAUCUUGAAGGCGACGGUAAGACGGUGAUGUUUGUGGCCGUGGGCGGACAGAUGGCCGGUGCGGUGGCGGUGGCCGACACGGCGCGGGCCGAGGCAAGGCCUGUCAUCGAGCAUCUGGAGGCUGCUGGCGUGCUGGUGUGGAUGGUGACCGGCGACAACGAGCGGACAGCGCUGGCCAUUGCGCGCGAUCUUGGUAUUGCGCACGAUCGGGUCUUCUCGCAGGUUCUCCCGGGCGACAAGUCUGACAAGGUCGCCGAGCUGCAGGACGCGGACCUGCAUGUGGCGAUGGUGGGCGACGGGAUCAACGACGCGCCGGCGCUGACCAAGGCCGAUCUCGGCAUCGCCAUCGGGGCCGGCACCGACGUCGCCAUUGAGUCGGCCGACAUGGUGCUGAUGAAGUCUGAUCUUCGCGACGUUGUGACGGCGCUCUCCCUUGCGCGUGUCACCUACGCGCGCAUCCGGCACAACUUCUUCUGGGCCUUUCUCUACAACUGCGUCGGCAUCCCCAUUGCCGCCGGCCUCUUCUACCCGCUAGUCAAGAUCACCCUGCCCCCGUUGGUGGCUGGCGCAGCCAUGGCGCUCUCGUCUGUCUCGGUGGUUGCGUCGUCGCUCUGGCUCAAGCGCUUCAAGCCACCACAGAUCACAACCCAGUGA